ACACAGCUGCUGUUAACGCAGAGGCUUCGCAGUUCACCAUGCCUGCGCUGUCGCCGACCAUGACCUCGGGCGGAAUUGCCCACUGGGAGAAGAAGGAGGGUAAGUGUCGUUUUGAUCCACCGCGCUUGAGCAGAAACGGGUCCUGGCAACCUGCCCGGCAGUCACAAAGCUCCCCAACAUGAAGGCGUGGUGCUUGUGGAAAUUAUCCACAGUUCGUGCGCUACUUUGUGCCGUUGCAGGAUAGCAGGUGUCUCUUGUGCGCACAAUUUUUUCCACGAGAAAACGUGCCAGAACGUGCGCACUUACUCACAGGCUUUAUUGGUAUAUAGGCGAAUCUUUCUCGGCUGGCGAUCUCCUGCUGCAGAUCGAGACGGAUAAGGCGCAGAUGGACGUCGAGGCUCAGGACGAUGGAGUUCUGGUCAAGAUCCUGGCGCCGGAGGGCACACAGAACGUCAGCGUCAACCAGCCGAUUGCCAUUAUUGCCGAGGAGGGUGACGACAUCGGAAGCAUUGAUAUUGCUGCGCUGUCCUCGUCAUCUGCUGCCCCGGCCGCUGCUGAGGCUGCUCCUGAGCCUGCCGCUGCCCCGACUCCGGCUGCCCCGGCUGCUGCCCCUGCUGCCGUGAACCACUCGACUGAUAACUCGGCCCAUGACCAGCUGUCGCCGGCUGUUUCGUUUGCCAUCCACGCCAACCACAUCUCAAAUGUUGCUGAUAUCCCUGGAUCUGGACCCAAGGGCCGCAUUCUGAAGGGCGACGUCCUGAGCUUCCUGAAGUCUGGCAAGGCUGUUAUCAACAAGGACGCCGUAUCACACACUGCCCCUGCUGCUGCCCCUGCCACCACGGCUGCUGCUCCGGCCAAGAAGGCUGGUCCAGCUCCUUCGGCCGAUGCCGAGACUGCGUUCCUGGUGAAGUCUUUGGAGUCUUCAGUCCUGCGCCAUCUGGCGGAGCUCGAGCUCGCCAAGAAGACCACCUCUGUGCAGAUCCCGGCUGAAAAGCUGGCCAAGCUUACAAAGGCCAACAAGUCGCUGAGCGAGUCCGUGUUCGCGCUGCGUGCCGCUGCGCUCGCCCUGCACCAGGUACCUCUGGGCAAGACCAGCACCGUUGGCGUUGCUGUCGAUGGCUCCAAGGCGCCGACCGUUGUCGAGAUUGCUGAUGCGGCGAUGCUCAGCGUGCUUGACCUGGCUGCUGCGAUCAAGGAGGCGGCCAAGUCUGGUAAGGCUGCGGAGCAGACCCCCGCAGUCAUCCUAGCUACUGAGGGCCAGUACACACCCCAGACGCUGCCGGCCGGGGCCACGGUUCUGGUUGUUGGCAAGCCGUAUGCCGCUGUGUCGACCGCCGACGCUGGCGCUGUGCUUGAUAGCGCCUUGAACGAGCUGAUUAGCGGAUCUGCCAGCGCUGGCAAGGCGGCCAAGCCAACAGCACUGAUUAAUGUCAGCAUCAUUGGCGACUCGCCUGCCGCUGGUGCAUUCGCCGGCAAGAUCAAGGGAUUCCUUAGCAACCCGGAGCUGCUCACCUUCUAGACG